CUUAGGAUAAGAGAAAGUUAAAAAAUAAAAAACUUUAAAAUGGUUUUAAAAAUAUAUUUGAGUUUACUAAUUCUUGUUAUCACAGCGAAUAAUUAUGUAUCUACUAGAUCUAUUGUAGAUCCAGACGCUAUCUUGUCUAACAUGCCUUCCAUGGAGUUCUCGAUUUCAGAUGCUGCAGCGACUGCCACUUCAAGUGCUGAAGAUAAAAGUUCACUGAUGGAUAUUACAAUUGGCGGAGAAGAUAACGACAAUGACAGCAACGGUGGAGAUGGAGGUUCAAGUGCUAACGCACAAGCCGAAUCAGCAGCAGAUUCAGCAACUGGAGCCACCAAUGGCAAUGGAAACAGCGGCAGUAAUGGAGCUGGUAAUGGUUCUAGUGCAAACGCACAAGCCGAAUCAGCAGCAGAUUCAGCAACUGGAGCCACCAAUGGCAAUGGAAACAGCGGCAGUAAUGGAGCUGAUAAUGGUUCUAGUGCAAACGCGCAAGCCGAAUCAGCAGCAGAUUCAGCAACUGGAGCCACCAAUGGCAAUGGAAACAGCGGCAGUAAUGGAGCUGAUAAUGGUUCUAGUGCAAACGCACAAGCCGAAUCAGCAGCAGAUUCAGCAACUGGAGGUUCAUCAUCCACAUCAGAAGGUUCAUCUUCAGGAGGAAAUGAUAAUGGAGGAAAUAGCGGUAAAAAUUCAGGAUCUGGUUCUGAUUCUAAUGCAAAUGCAAACUCUCAAGGCGAUUCAUCAUCUGAUAAUGGCAAUGGAAAAAACGGCGGUAAUAGAGGCAAUAAUGGAUCUAAUGCAAAUGCACAAGCAGAUUCAUCAGCGGAUUCAACAUCUGGAGGUAGUGAUUCAGGUUCACACUCAGAUUCAGGAUCUGGCUCUGGCUCUGGCUCAGGCUCUGGUUCAGGAUCAGGCUCAGGCUCAGGCUCUGGUUCAGGCUCUGGUUCAGGCUCUGAUUCAGGCUCUGGUUCAGGUUCAGGUUCAGGAGGGUCAUCAUCUGAAGGAGGCAAUAACGGUGACAACACAGGAGAUUCAAAUGCAGCAGCGUCCGCAGCCGCAGCAGCAGCAGCAGCUGCAGGAAACUCAAAUGGUGCAGGUGAUAGUACUGGGAACGCUUUAGGUCUUGCUUCAUCAGCGGCAGCAGCAGCAUCAUCAGCAGCAAGCAAAGCUAAAAACUUAUUAUUCGGUACCGAUACAGAUAGUUUUGCAUCAGCAUCAUCUUUAGCCGAUGCAGUUUCUUCAUCGGAUGCAGACAAUGGCGAUAAUAAUACAAAUGACAAUGGAGCAAAUAAAUCUAACGGCUCAGGUUCAAGUUCAAGCUCAAGCGCAAGUUCAUCAUCAUCUUCAGGUGGAAACGGUAAUAGUGGAAAUAGCGGUAACGGUUCAGGUUCAGGUUCAGGCUCUGGUUCAGGUGCAGGGUCAGGUUCAGGCUCUGGCUCUGGCUCUGGUUCAGGUUCAGGUGGUUCAGCAUCAUCAGAAGAAAAUGGCAAUGGAAACAGCAAUGGAAAUGCAGGAAGCAACGCAGAAGCUGAAGCAAAUUCAUACACUUCUGGUGAAAACAAUAAUGAAGCAGAUAAAUCUAACGGCUCAAGUUCAAGUUCAAGCUCAAGUUCAUCAUCAUCUUCAGGUGGAAGAGGUAAUGGAGGAAAUAGCGGUAACGGUUCAGGUUCAGGUUCAGGCUCUGGCUCUGGCUCUGGUUCAGGAUCAGGCUCUGGCUCUGGCUCUGGCUCAGGCUCAGGCUCUGGUUCAGGCUCAGGCUCUGGUUCAGGCUCUGGUUCAGGUUCAGGUUCAGGAGGGUCAUCAUCUGAAGGAGGCAAUAACGGUGACAACACAGGAAACUCAAAUGGUGCAGGUGAUAGUACUGGGAACGCUUUAGGUCUUGCUUCAUCAGCGGCAGCAGCAGCAUCAUCAGCAGCAAGCAAAGCUAAAAACUUAUUAUUCGGUACCGAUACAGAUAGUUUUGCAUCAGCAUCAUCUUUAGCCGAUGCAGUUUCUUCAUCGGAUGCAGACAAUGGCGAUAAUAAUACAAAUGACAAUGGAGCAAAUAAAUCUAACGGCUCAGGUUCAAGUUCAAGCUCAAGCGCAAGUUCAUCAUCAUCUUCAGGUGGAAACGGUAAUAGUGGAAAUAGCGGUAACGGUUCAGGUUCAGGUUCAGGUUCAGGCUCUGGCUCUGGCUCUGGUUCAGGAUCAGGCUCUGGUUCAGGAUCAGGUUCAGGCUCUGGUUCAGGCUCUGGUUCAGGCUCUGGCUCUGGCUCUGGCUCUGACUCUGGCUCAGGUUCAGGAGGUUCAUCAUCUACAGGCCGGAGCGUUAACAACAAAUCAAGCGGAGGCAAUAAUGCAGCAGCAAAAUCGGCUGCAUCUGCUACAAGUGGAAAUGGCACUGGAAAUAACAAGCAAAAUGGAGGAAAUAAUGCUAGCGGCUCAAGUUCAUCAGCAUCAUCGUCCUCAGGAGGUUCAUCAUCUUCAGGUGGAAACGGCAGCGGAAAAAACAAACCAAGCGGAGGAAAUAAUGCAGUAUCAAAAUCGGCUGCAUCAUCUUCAAGUAGAAAUGGAAGCGGAAAUAAAAAAGCUAAUAGACCUGGUUCAGGCUCGAGUUCCUCAGCAGAUGCUGCAGCAGCAUCAAGCUCUUCAUUUGGCAAAGGAAAAAAUAGCAUUCCAAAAUCUGGAAAAGGUCCAGUUAAGCCAGCGCUUCCAAUAAAUCCAGCCAACAUGCUAUCUGGAUUACCCGUGAAUUUGCAGAUUAAUAUUUAAAUUCUUAUUCUAUCUUGCAAUACAUUUUUCUGUAAUUUUAUAUGCUUAUAGAAUACAGAAAUAAAGUCUAAUCGAAUAUAAAAAUAAGAAA